GUUCACUGGAAGCCAUGCAGUUAGGGGACUUCAUGUUUGGAGGACUCUUUCCAGUUCACCAAAGCUUCAAGAUCGUCAACAUGACCAGCAAUCCUAUUGAAAACGUGUGUGAAACCUUCACCGUAUCCAGGUUGAUCCAAUCUCUGGCGAUGACUGAAGCGGUGGAGGCCAUCAACAAGUCCCCCAUGCUGAAUGGUCUCACAUUAGGCUACAAGAUCAUGGACACGUGCUCUGAUGUGACCACUGCUCUUCAACACACCGAUAUCUUCAUGGAUAAAAAUUGUGGCAGCACUAAUUCAUUUUUUCAGGCUGUUAUUGGAGAGUACCAUUCUGAGGUUUCCAUCGCUGUGGCGAGGUAUCUCACCAUGGGUUAUAUGCCACAGAUCAGUUAUGGUUCAACAGCUGGGGUUUUAAGCGACAAAAAACGUUUUCCGACAUUCAGGAGGACUGUCCCGGAAGAUGACCACCAGGCUAAAGCAAUCACCAAAAUUUUGAAGUACCACAACUGGACCUGGAUUGGCAUAAUAGCCACAGACGGAGAUUACGGCCGCUACGCCGCAGACCAACUUGAGGCGCAGGCCAAUAAACAAAAUAUUUUUGUGUCAUACCGAGUUGUGCUCCCUGAUUUUCUCAACGAUGAAAGCUUAGAUUCCAAACUCAAUGAAACUAUUCAAAAAAUCGCAAACACCUCAAAAGUUCAAGUCAUUGUGUCUUUUGCCAAAUCUCACCACAUGUCUCGUUUGUUCGAUAAACUCACUCCCAACGCAUCUGGACGUUUCUGGAUCGCUGGGGAUAGCUGGUCGACAUCACUCAAUGUGCUAGACAAUCGUCCCUUGAAUGAAGUUGGAAAAAUUCUUGGAAUAAUCCCAUUUUCAGGAAACAUCUCUCGUUUCAGAAGUUACAUAGAUAAUCUAGAUCUUAACCCUGAUUCACAAUCAAACAACACCAUCCUGCAGUACUUCAUCAAAGGAGAGUUGAACAAAAGCAGAACCAUCAAAGAAAUAAGAGAAACCCUACAGAAAGCUGUAAGUCCUAGUGCAGUGUUUAGUGUACAGUUGGCUGUGAUGUUUGCCGCUAAUGCUAUUAAAGACAUCUGUUCUCGAAAAACCUGUCGUGGAGGCUUUGAUAUUCAACGCUCUGAGCUAAACGACGCCUUGGCAAAGACCAUGUUGACUAUAGAUAAUGAGAAAUAUUCAUUCAGCAAAUCUGGAGAUUUGGAUACCGGUUAUGAUAUCAACAUUUGGGAAGCGGCACUUGAAAAUAACGCUGAAUUUGUCAACAAUGUGAAACUGAAGACUGUGGCACGCUACAUGAUCAAGAAUGAAAGCAUGCUUUUCCUGAAUGACACACAGAGAAAUCCUCUGGAAGAUUUCACAGUGAAUGCACAUGAAUGUAUAGUCUGUCCAAAGAAUUCAUACUCUGUUGAGAACUCCACCACUUGCACUCCCCGAAUGGUAGUUUUCCUGUCCUGGAGAGAGGCAUACUGUAUCAUCUUAGUGGUGUUUGCUUGUCUUGGCAUCCUUUUGACGCUGAUUGUGAUGCUGGUGUACUUAGUCAGAUGGGAUACGCCAGUGGUCCUCGCAGCCGGGGGUCCCAUCUCCAUCCUGAUCUUGCUGUCCCUGCUCGGGACGUUCACCAGCGUCAUCUUGUUUGGUGGGAAGCCCACAGACAUACAGUGUAAAACCGGACAGGUGCUUUUUGGCCUGAGCUUCACCCUGUGUGUCUCCUGCAUCCUGGUCAGGUACUUUAAGGUUCUUCUGGUCUUCCAGAAUGAUUCUGCUCUCAAACGGGUCAUGAAGAAACUCUUCCUGCCCUACUGGAUCAUUGGCAUUUGUGUGCUUAUCCAGGGCCUCAUCUGUGGUUUCUGGUUGGGGAUGGAACCACCCACGGCUUCUGAGAGCUCACGGAUCAGGUCUGAACUUAUCCUCCAGUGCGAUGAGGGGAAAAGGCUAUUCUUUGGACUCAUGCUGGCCGUCAUUAGCCUUCUGGCUCUGGUGUGCUUUGGAUUCGCCUUCCUGGGACGGAAGCUUCCACAGUGCUAUAAUGAAGAGAGGUGCAUCAGCAUCAGCAUGCUCAUCUACAUUAUCAGUUGGGUGGUGUUUGCCCCCAUCUAUGCGAACAUAGUUAAUAUGACCCACUACAAAUCUGCCGUUCAGAUGGUGGUGAUGCUCUUUUCUGCAUACGGGAUCCUCAUCUGCCACUUCAUGCCUAAAUGUUACAUCAUCCUAUUGAAAAGCGAGAAGAACACCAGAGAGGCUUUCACAAUGGGCAUUCGGGAGUUCGCCAGACGCUUCAACAGAAGUUCACGAGUGGAUCGGCAUAGAGCUGGACUCGACCGGCCAGAAAGCGCAUUUACUAUUGACUCUGGAAUCGAGAAUAUAAUAAAUGGGGUGUACUCAAAUCCCUACCCACCAAGCACUAUUUCUUCAUUUCACAUGUCCAUAGAUAAUCUGCCCCACGAGGUCAGUGUGUCUGGAGAUUCCUUGUAUGAGUUUUCAGUGUACUCUGGAUCUUCAGCAGAUAUGAAUGAGGAAAACCAGCAACAACAGACUUUAAGCGGCUCUCAAAAACUCCUCCAAAGGAUUAAGAACAACCGUACUGAGCUCAAAAGGACAUUAAGUGUCCCACACUUUUAA